AAACUCAAUCUCAACAUAAUCCCCCUGCGGAUCGCCCGGCUUUCCACUGAGUAUUACCAACGUGGCAGAUGCUAGCCAUAUAUUGUCAGACACCACACCCUCCGAGAAUAGUAGUAGCAGAAUAUUUCGAAUCCCACAAAUGAGCACGCCAUAUUUCGUCGUACUGCUAUGAUCACGUCGCUAUGUAUCAGUCCGAGACGAAGCUUACAUUGGGUCAUGGCUUGGUUCUGCCUCGGAGACAUACUGUGGCAUCUUAGCAGCAUAUUUUACAAUGAAAUUCUCACUCCAAUUUCUUGCGCUGACUGCGCCUAUUUUGAUCAUGGGCUCCCCUGUCCCACCGCCCGACUUUGGCCAAACCGACGUCGGUUGGACUAAGAGAGAGGCUGCACCAGUCCCGCCGACCGAUUUCACCCAGACCGACGUAGGCUGGGCCAAGAGGGAACCCGCCGCUGUUCCACCUCCGGACUUCACCCAAACAGAUGUCGGCUGGGCUAAGAGAGAGGCCGCUCCGGCUCCACCUCCCGACUUUGGUCAGACUGAUGUCGGUUGGACCAAGAAGGUCAGGAAGGCAGCUGUUCCUCCGCCUGACUUCACCCAGACCGAUGUUGGGUGGACCAAGUAAAUCAAUGCAUGAGAAAGCUCGUCCAUGAUUCAUGAUUUACGAAGUAGGCAAGCUUGGGGGCAAGGCACAUUUGGGAAGAGAAUAUGUACUACCUCAUAGACCGGAACCAGUUUGACGAGUUUUGAAGUCUCAUGAAUGCAAAUGAAUGCGAAUGUCUAAACUGAAUUGCAUUCAAUUGCUUUGAUGUCUUGCGAAGGCGGAGUCCCUAUUGUGCCAGUGACUUGCGUGUUCGUAGCAUUGUACAUCAGUCUCAG